AUGGAAGGAACGACAGUCAACCUAGGAAGCAUCACAGUUGCCCGCAAAAACUCGCCCUUAUCGCUCGAACUGACAGCCUCUUUCCUCAUCGACUCGGAAACGACUGCUCUGGGGUUGAACCAGCUAACCGCAACCGACUUGUUCCAACACUCCAAAGACGGAAAUUUAUGGAUGGCAAAGUCGGGAUCUUGCCAGCUUGUAUUCAAGACGUUCAUCAAUGGUCAGCUACCAGAUCCGAACGUGAUCAAUCCGGCUAUCAUCUCAUCUCUAAUCGGUAUGGCUGCUGAGUGCUCGCUUUGGGAAGAAAUUGGUCUCCAGCUUAGAGCUAAGCAUUUGACACUUCCGUUUGGUUCCCAGGAGGAAGACCAAAAGCCGGAGACUUCCUACUUUCUCUGCCACCCGGAUCUCUCCUCCGAGAUGAUCGUACCGCCCACGCUAACUUGCGUAAAGUUCAAAGGCUUGGUGUGCAAGGUCAAUCUUCAGAUUGAUACAUCGUGGAGGAGAGCGGGUGAGGCUAAACGACCGUCAAAAAAAGUCAAUGAAGAACCCCCGAUGGAAUCUGAGCCUCCUAUGGUUGAAGAGUCAAAGCCCGGCAUGCGAAGAAAUCCAAGACGGAUUACGAGGGCCGCUAAUGUCAAGUAUACGGACACUUCGCGAAAACUGGCCAGGAAAGCCUGCCCUGUCACUCAACCAGAUCCCGUAAACUCGGACUCAGAUAUGGUCAUUCUACUCUCGAUCUCGAAAGAGGAAGAGGAAGAGAUGUCAUCAUUCCUGGACGUCGCGCUUCGGAAGCUUGUAGGAAUCAAGCACACUUCCCCUGGGGUAAAGGUUACCGAGGACACACAAUUUCCCUCAUUGAUAGAGAUUGCGCCGGCGGUAUGGAAUCUUCGUUACUUACAGGCAUGUAAAGCCAUACAUGGUAGGAGUUCUAUGACAGCACAUGCGCAAACGAUUCCGGCCAUCGCCAACGGGAUAGCCAGAUUGCGCAACGCCCGAUCAGCAACGCUGAGGGAGAAGGUGGGCAGGCUACUGGGAGCUGAAGCUGAAGCUGUAAGCAGCACGCUAGGGCACCCAUAUGAUCCCGAAGAUGGAACCAGAAAGGAAGUCGAGAAAAGGCUGUGGUCGUUAUGCCAGACGAGUAUCCAUGUCGAACCUAUCGUCAAAAUCAAUAAGCGAAAAGCCAAGGUUGAUGGAGAAGCACCGGCAGAUACACAAGCGGAGGAGAGGAUGGAAGCAUUCACUCGACUGACUGAUGAUGGUUGGGUGAAUCAUCCUCCAUCUUUCGGUCAUGAUUACCCUUUUGGUCAUUUCGAUCAAGGCACAGACACAGAGACGGAGACGGACACAGACGCAGUUGAGUACGGCUAUCAAUACCAGCUGGGAAAUGUCGCCCUUUUCGAGGACCAUGCGGAGUGGUUGUCCGAGGAUCACAGCGAGGAAGAAACUUACGGUGAGCGCGAGGUCGACUUUGAGGGUGAUGAUGAUGGAGAGGAUAUGGAGCUCGACGAGCUCCAGCCGAGUUCCGAAGGUGACUACGUCUAUGCAGAUGGAUUUGGGAGGCUUCAUCCGAUUCCGAGGCACCAGGCAUUACAAGCAUGUCAGAUAGAAGGUCCAACUCUAACGAGUGAUGAGCUGCCUUUUGGAGAGGAGGAUCAUGAGGAGUUUGGGGAUCCGGAAGAGUAUUUAGGAGGAUAUCUAGAAUGGGGUUUUGCAUAA